CAACGCUGCAGCUUGCGUUACAUCCAACUCCACGGGCUUGCAAUGAAGCGCUAGCACGCUCACAGCUGUAAAUAUCUGCGGUGAUCAUUGACUACAUUUGCCCCAGCAGAAAGGUAUAGACAACUGUGCCUCUGUCCACCAGCCAAGAUGGUGGCACUCUCGCUGAAGAUCUGCGUGCGGCAGUGCAAUGUUGUGAAGACGAUGCAGUUUGAGCCUUCCACGGCCGUGUACGAUGCCUGUAGGAUCAUCAGGGAGCGGGUCCCUGAAGCCCAGACUGGGCAAGCUUCUGAUUACGGUCUGUUCCUUUCUGAUGAUGAUCCCAGAAAAGGAAUCUGGCUAGAAUCUGGCAGAACUCUGGACUACUACAUGCUUCGUAAUGGGGAUAUCCUAGAGUAUAAGAAGAAACAGAGACCUCAGAAGAUCAAAAUGCUGGAUGGUGCAGUUAAGACCAUCAUGGUGGACGAUUCAAAGACAGUGGGAGAACUGCUCGUAACCAUAUGCAGUAGAAUAGGAAUCACCAACUAUGAGGAGUACUCUCUCAUCCAGGAGGUACCAGAGGACAAAAGGGACGAUGGGACUGGCACCCUGAAGAAGGACAGAACACUGCUGAGGGAUGAACGCAAAAUGGAGAAACUGAAGGCCAAACUCCAUACAGAUGACGACUUGAACUGGCUUGACCACAGCCGUACCUUCCGUGAACAGGGCGUGGAUGAAAGCGAGACCCUGCUUCUCCGCCGCAAAUUCUUCUACUCGGACCAGAAUGUUGAUUCUCGGGACCCGGUCCAGUUGAAUCUCCUCUACGUGCAGGCCCGGGACGACAUCCUUAAUGGCUCGCACCCCGUCUCCUUUGACAAGGCCUGUGAGUUUGCUGGAAUUCAAGCUCAGAUCCAGUUCGGUCCUCACGUGGAGCAUAAGCACAAGCCAGGCUUCCUUGACCUGAAGGAGUUUCUUCCUAAAGAGUAUAUCAAACAGAGGGGAGCUGAAAAGAAAAUCUUUCAGGAUCAUAAAAACUGUGGGGAAAUGUCAGAGAUUGAGGCGAAAGUGAAAUAUGUGAAGUUGGCGAGAUCCCUCCGAACAUACGGUGUGUCCUUCUUCCUAGUCAAGGAAAAAAUGAAAAGUAAGAAUAAGCUAGUCCCACGGUUGCUGGGUAUUACCAAAGAGUCCGUCAUGCGUGUGGAUGAGAAGACCAAAGACGUGGUACAGGAAUGGCCCCUGACCACCGUGAAGAGAUGGGCUGCAUCUCCCAAGAGUUUCACCCUGGAUUUUGGGGAGUACCAGGAAAGCUAUUACUCAGUCCAGACCACAGAAGGAGAACAGAUCUCACAGCUUAUUGCAGGCUAUAUUGAUAUUAUUCUCAAAAAGAAACAAAGUAAAGACCGUUUUGGCUUAGAAGGUGAUGAAGAGUCCACAAUGCUGGAAGAAUCAGUCUCUCCAAAGAAGUCCACCAUCCUUCAGCAGCAGUUUAAUCGCGUGGGUCGAGUGGAGCACGGCUCUGUGGCACUACCCGCAGUCAUGCGUUCUGGAUCGGUGGGGCCUGAGACCUUCAAUAUGGGCACCAUGCCAUCAGCCCAGCAGCAGGUCAUGACGGGACAGAUGCAUCGAGGACACAUGCCUCCAUUGAGUUCAGCCCAGCAGGCCCUGAUGGGCACCAUCAACACCAGCAUGCAGGCAGUCCAGCAGGCCCAGGUUGAUCUUGGGGAGGUGGACACCUUGCCACCUCUGGGACAAGACAUGGCAUCCAGGGUCUGGAUUCAGAACAAAGUGGAUGAGUCCAAACACGAAAUCCACUCCCAGGUGGAUGCCAUUACAGCGGGUACUGCCUCUGUCGUCAACCUCACUGCAGGUGACCCCACGGACACUGAUUAUACAGCAGUUGGUUGUGCCAUCACAACCAUCUCCUCCAACCUGACGGAGAUGUCCAAGGGCGUGAAGCUGUUGGCAGCACUGAUGGAGGACGAGGUGGGCAGUGGCCAGGACCUGAUGCGGGCUGCCAGGACUCUGGCAGGAGCAGUGUCUGACCUGCUGAAGGCCGUGGAACCAGCAUCUGGAGAGCCACGGCAGACUGUGUUGACCGCAGCAGGCAGCAUAGGCCAAGCCAGUGGGGACCUUUUGCGGCAGAUUGGAGAGAAUGAGACAGACCAGCGUUUCCAGGAUGUUCUAAUGAACCUGGCCAAAGCAGUGGCCAAUGCUGCAGCCAUGCUGGUCCUGAAGGCCAAGAAUGUUGCGCAGGUGGCCGAAGAUACAGUGCUGCAGAAUAGGGUGAUUGCUGCUGCCACGCAGUGUGCCCUGUCGACUUCUCAGCUGGUGGCCUGUGCCAAGGUUGUAAGCCCCACCAUCAGCUCACCUGUAUGCCAGGAGCAGCUGAUUGAGGCAGGGAAGCUGGUAGACCGCUCAGUGGAGGGCUGUGUGAAGGCAUGCCACUCAGCCACAGAUGACAGCGAGCUGCUGAAGCAGGUGGGCGCAGCAGCUAGCGUGGUGAGCCAGGCACUAAGCGACCUGCUGCAACACGUGCGCCACUACGCCAGCCGCGGGGAACCCAUUGGCCGUUAUGACCAGGCCACCGACACCAUCAUGACUGUCACCGAGAGCAUCUUCAGCUCCAUGGGAGACGCUGGUGAAAUGGUCCGCCAAGCUAGGGUUUUGGCCCAGGCCACCUCAGACCUGGUGAAUGCCAUGAGAUCGGAUGCUGAGGCUGAGAUCGAUGUGGACAACUCCAAGAAGCUGCUGGCUGCCGCCAAACUGCUGGCCGAUGCAACUGCCCGGAUGGUAGAGGCUGCAAAGGGAGCCGCUGCCUACCCGGAGAACGAGGACCAGCAACAGAAGCUGAGGGAGGCAGCCGAGGGCCUCCGUGUGGCCACCAAUGCUGCGGCACAGAAUGCCAUCAAGAAGAAGCUCGUCAACAGGCUUGAGAAUGCUGCCAAACAGGCUGCAGCCGCUGCCACGCAGACCAUCGCAGCUUCCCAGAAUGCAGCUGCAUCCAACAAGAAUACUGCUGCCCACCAGCAGCUAGUGCAGAGCUGCAAGGCUGUGGCAGAUCACAUCCCUCAGCUGGUCCAGGGAGUAAGGGGCAGCCAGGGUCAGCCUGAGGACCUUAGCGCCCAGCUGGCACUCAUCAUUGCCAGCCAAAACUUCCUGCAGCCUGGAAGCAAGAUGGUGACCUCGGCAAAGUCAGCUGUUCCCACGGUGACAGACCAGGCUGCAGCCAUGCAGCUGGGCCAGUGUGCCAAGAACCUGGCCACGAGCCUGGCUGAGCUCCGAACUGCCACACAGAAGGCCCAUGAAGUCUGUGGUCCGAUGGAAAUAGACUCUGCACUCACUGCUGUCCAGACACUGAAGAAUGAACUUCAGGAUGCCAAAAUGGCAGCUAUUGACGGUCAGCUUAAGCCUCUACCUGGAGAAUCGCUGGAGAAGUGCGCCCAGGAUCUUGGAAGUACAUCAAAGGCUGUUGGAUCUUCCAUGGCCCAACUGCUGACCUGUGCUGCACAGGGAAACGAACACUACACAGGUGUGGCUGCUAGGGAGACUGCCCAGGCACUGAGGAACCUGGCCCAGGCAGCCCGGGGUGUGGCCGCCUCCACCACAGACCCCCAGUCUGCAGCAGCUAUGUUGGAUUCUGCCCGGGAUGUAAUGGAGGGCUCUGCCAUGCUGAUUCAUGAGGCUAAGCAGGCCCUCGUUUCCCCCGGUGAUGCUGAAAGCCAGCAGAGGCUGGCACAGGUGGCUAAGGCCGUGUCUCACUCCUUGAAUAACUGCGUGAACUGCCUGCCCGGACAGAAAGAUGUGGACAUGGCCUUGAAGAGCAUUGGCGAGGCCAGCAAGAAGCUCCUGGUGGACACUCUGCCACCCACCACAAAGUCCUUCCAGGAGGCCCAGAGUGACCUUAACCAGACUGCAGCUGACCUGAAUCAUUCUGCAGGGGAAGUGGUCCAUUCAUCUAGGGGCACCAGCAGCCAACUGGCCGUGGCCUCUGGAAAGUUCAGCGAGGACUUUGAUGAGUUCCUGGAUGCUGGAAUUGAGAUGGCUGGACACACACAGUGCAAGGAAGACCAGAUCCAGGUCAUUGGAAACCUGAAAAACAUUUCCAUGGCUUCCAGCAAACUGCUCCUGGCUGCCAAGUCCCUCUCGGUAGAUCCCGGAGCAGCCAACGCCAAGAACCUGCUGGCGGCUGCAGCAAGAGCAGUGACGGAGAGCAUCAACCAGCUCAUCACCCUUUGUACCCAGCAGGCUCCAGGGCAGAAAGAGUGUGACAAUGCCCUACGAGAACUCGAGGCUGUCAGAGGAAUGCUGGACAAUCCAAAUGAGCCUGUCAGCGACCUCUCUUACUUUGACUGCAUCGAGAGCGUGAUGGAGAACUCCAAGGUUCUGGGGGAGGCUAUGGCAGGCAUCUCUCAGAACUGCAAGAUUGGUGAUGUGCCUGCAUUUGGGGACUGUGUGGGCGUGGCCUCCAAAGCACUGUGUGGCCUGACUGAGGCAGCUGGACAGGCUUCCUACCUGGUGGGUGUUUCAGAUCCUAACAGCCAGGCAGGUCAUCAGGGUCUGGUCGACCCCAUUCAGUUUGCCCGGGCUAAUCAGGCCAUCCAGAUGGCUUGUCAGAACCUGGUGGAUCCUGCCAGCAGCCCAUCCCAGGUGCUCUCUGCAGCCACAAUUGUAGCUAAGCACACUUCAGCUUUGUGCAAUGCCUGCCGUUUGGCUUCCUCCAAAACUUCCAACCCUGUGGCUAAGAGGCACUUUGUCCAGUCAGCCAAGGAAGUCGCCAACAGCACAGCUAAUCUUGUCAAAACCAUCAAGGCCCUGGAUGGGGAUUUUUCUGAGGAGAAUCGGGACAGGUGCCGUGUUGCCACAGGCCCACUGAUCCACGCUGUGGAGAACCUGACCACUUUUGCUUCCAACCCUGAGUUUGCCAGCAUACCUGCACAGAUCAGCAGUGAGGGUACUGCAGCCCAGGAACCCAUUGUGCAGUCAGCCCGCUCCAUGCUGGAGAGCUCCACCCAUCUCCUCAAGACUGCCCGCUCACUCAUCAUCAACCCCAAGGACCCACCCACCUGGUCCGUCUUGGCCAGCCACUCGCGCACUGUGUCCGACUCAAUCAAGAGCCUUAUCACAGCCAUUAGGGAUAAAGCCCCAGGACAGAGGGAGUGUGACUUCUCCAUUGACAAUAUUAACAAGUGCAUCCGGGACAUUGAGCAGGCCUCCCUGGCUGCUGUGAACCAGAGCCUCCCCAGCAGGGAUGACAUCUCCCUAGAGGCUUUGCAGGAUCAGCUUACAUCAGCUGUUCAGGAGAUUGGGCAUCUCAUAGACCCCAUCUCCACAGCAGCAAGAGGGGAGGCUGCACAGCUGGGACACAAAGUGACUCAGCUGGCCAGCUACUUUGAGCCACUUAUUGUGGCAUCAGUGGGUGUGGCCUCCAAGCUCUUGGAUCAUCAGCAGCAGAUGACAGUCCUGGACCAGACCAAGACUUUGGCGGAGUCUGCACUACAGAUGUUGUAUGCUGCCAAAGAGGGAGGAGGGAACCCCAAGGCGGCACAUACCCACGAUGCCAUUGCUGAGGCAGCCCAGCUGAUGAAGGAGGCCGUAGACGACAUCAUGGUGACUUUGAAUGAGGCUGCCAGUGAGGUGGGCAUGGUGGGAGGAAUGGUGGAGUCCAUUGCGGAAGCCAUGGGCCGGCUGGAUGAAGGAACACCCCCAGAACCAGAGGGCUCCUUUGUUGACUACCAAACUACUAUGGUGAAAUACUCCAAGGCCAUUGCUGUCACCGCCCAGGAGAUGAUGACCAAAUCUGUGACAAGUCCAGAGGAGCUGGGGGGCUUGGCUUCUCAGGUGACCACAGAUUACAGCCAACUAGCCCACCAGAGCCGCCUGGCAGCUGCAACAGCUGAACCUGAGGAGAUUGGCUUCCAGAUCAAGAGCCGUGUACAGGAGCUGGGCCAUGGAUGCAUCUUCCUGGUGCAGAAGGCUGGCGCCCUGCAGAUCAGCCCCACAGACAGCUUCAGCAAGAGGGAGCUUAUCGAGUGUGCCCGAGCUGUCACUGAGAAGGUCUCCUUGGUGCUGUCAGCCCUACAGGCAGGGAACAGGGGCACCCAGGCCUGUAUUACAGCUGCCAGCGCUGUCUCUGGGAUCAUUGCCGACCUGGACACCACUAUCAUGUUUGCAUCCGCCGGCACGCUCAACGCUGAGAACGAGGAGUCCUUUGCUGACCACAGGGAGAACAUCCUGAAGACUGCCAAGGCUUUGGUGGAGGACACCAAGAUGCUUGUGGCAGGAGCAGCCUCCAGCCAGGAGAAGCUGGCCCAGGCAGCCCAGUCCUCGGCCACCACCAUCACUCAGCUCACAGAUGUGGUCAAACUUGGGGCAGCCAGCAUUGGGUCCGAUGACCCUGAAACACAGGUUGUACUGAUCAAUGCUGUGAAAGAUGUAGCCAAGGCCUUGGCUGAGCUGAUAGGAGCUACCAAGUGCGCAGCAGGGAAGUCUGCUGAUGACCCAUCCAUGUACCAACUGAAGAGUGCUGCUAAGGUUAUGGUGACGAAUGUGACAUCCCUUCUGAAGACUGUGAAGGCAGUAGAGGAUGAGGCUACACGUGGUACACGGGCACUAGAGGCCACCAUUGAGUGCAUCAAGCAGGAGCUGACAGUGUUCCAGUCCAAGGAUGUUCCAGAGAAGUCCACAACACCUGAGGAGUUCAUCCGCAUGACAAAGGGCAUCACCACGGCAACGGCCAAAGCCGUUGCUGCAGGCAAUUCUGCUCGCCAAGAGGAUGUGAUUGCCACUGCAAACCUUAGCCGCAAGGCCAUCUCUGACAUGCUCACUACCUGCAAGCAAGCUGCCUAUCACCAGGAGGUGAGUGAGGAGGUGCGCAGCAGAGCCCUACUUUUUGGCACAGAGUGCACUGUUGGCUACAUCGAGCUGCUAGAACACGUGCUGCAGGUUCUUCAGAAACCCACGCCAGAGCAGAAACAGCAGCUCGCCAUCUUCUCAAAACGCGUGGCUAGUGCUGUCACAGAGCUCAUUCAGACGGCAGAGGCCAUGAAAGAUGGAGGCACAGAGUGGGUGGACCCGGAAGACCCCACCGUGAUUGCCGAGACAGAGCUGCUGGGGGCGGCAGCGUCCAUCGAAGCUGCGGCCAAGAAGCUGGAGCAGCUGAAACCCAGAGCCAAGCCCAAGCAAGCUGACGAGAACCUGGAUUUUGAGGAGCAGAUCCUGGAGGCAGCGAAGUCCAUUGCCGCAGCGACCAGCGCCCUGGUGAAAUCUGCAUCAGCUGCACAGAGAGAGCUGGUGGCACAAGGCAAGGUGGGCUCAAUCCCUGCCAAUGCUGUGGAUGAUGGCCAGUGGUCCCAGGGACUCAUCUCUGCUGCCCGAAUGGUGGCAGCUGCAACCAGCAACUUGUGUGAGGCAGCCAAUGCCUCUGUGCAGGGCCAUGCCAGCGAGGAGAAGCUCAUCUCCUCUGCCAAGCAGGUGGCUGCCUCCACUGCCCAGCUGCUGGUGGCCUGUAAGGUGAAGGCAGACCAGGACUCUGAGGCCAUGAGGAGGCUACAGGCGGCUGGUAAUGCUGUGAAGCGAGCAUCUGACAACUUGGUGCGUGCUGCACAGAAGGCAGCCUUUGACAAGGCAGAUGAUGACAGCGUGGUGGUGAAGACCAAAUUUGUGGGUGGAAUUGCUCAGAUCAUCGCAGCCCAGGAAGAGAUGCUAAGGAAGGAGAGGGAGCUGGAGGAGGCACGCAAAAAGCUAGCCCAGAUCCGGCAGCAGCAGUACAAGUUCUUGCCCAGUGAGCUGCGGGAGGAUGAGAACUAAGCCUGGGCCCUGCCUCUUACACACACUGAUAGAAGUGACUCCUGCUGCCCCUGUGGAAAAUCUGUGUGUGUGUGUGUGUGUGUGUGUGUGUGUGUGCGCGCGCGCAUGUGCUUGUGUUUUAUCCUGAGAGUUAGGGACUGAAUCUGAUCAGAACCAACCUCUAUGCUUGACUAGAACAAGCUUCCUUGGAAUUCUCUCCUGUGGUUCUUCAUCUUAAUUCCAGAAUGGCACCAGUCUAAUUGUGCAAGUUAUUGAGCUUCCAUCAUCCCACAUCAUCUGCCCCUAAGAUCCUUUAGCAUCUCCGUUGGUUUUCCUGAGUCCACUCUUAAAGUGGUGAAUUCCUUUUUCCUAAUGGCAAACAAAAUAAGAUUGGUCUAGUUUCUAAAUGUGCAUGUGUAUACGCACGCACGCACACACACACACACAAAAUGGAAGUUUUUCAGGAGUAAAAAGUCCAAAUGUUAUAGUUCCAACCGGCAGAGGAAUUUACAGCUCAACAGACACACACACACAAA